AUGCUGUUUAUUUUAUUAUUUACUCUUUCAUUUGCUUUUACAUUUGAUGAUUGGAUUAGAAAAUAUCAAUACAAUAAAAUGAACAUUGAAUUUGAAUUAAGAAAAUCUAUUUUUGAAGAAACAACAAAAAAGAUAAAACAACUUCAAAACAAAGGAUAUUUAAGUAUUUCAAAUGACUCUCCUUUUUCAGUUUUUACUGAAGAAGAAAUUGACAAAAUGAUUAACUCAGAAACAUUUUCAUUACCACAACUACGUCAAAAAAGAUUAAAAACUAAUAAAAAAACAAUUCAAUUAAUUAACGAGUUUGAUUGGAGAAAUUCAGGAAUUAUUACUCCAAUUAAAUCAAGUGGCACAAGAUAUUUUGAAGCAACAAUUGAUGGUAUUGAAUCAGCAAUUCUUUUAGAGAAAAAAGGGAUGUAUACAAAUGAGACAUUAAAACUGUCAGUACAACAAUUAGUUGACUGUCAAGAUGAGUUUUUUGGAAAAAAGUUAGGUAGAACAAAUCCAUGUUUUAUUUAUUUACAAAGAUUUGGAUUUAUGAAAGAAGAAGAUUAUCCUGAAACUUCAGAAAAAGGAGUUUGUCAAUAUAACUCAUCUAGAGUUUUUGGUAAAGUAAAUAAAAGAAGAUAUUUAAGUGUUUUUAAUGAUGAAGAAUUAAUAGAAAUGAUUAAACAAACACCAAUAAUAGUUAAUAUUGAUAUGCCAUCAACAAUGCCAUAUUAUGAUGGAGAAGGAAUAUUUGAAAAUGUAGAAGAAUGUAGUCAAUCAUUACCAAGAAUUGGACUAUUAUUAAUUGGGUAUGGAAAAACAAUAAAUGGAGUACCAUAUUGGAUAUUAAAAAAUUGUUGGGGACCUUCAUGGGGUUCAAAUGGAUAUUUAUAUUUAAAAAGAAAUAAAAAUGUAUGUGGAAUUUAUUCAUAUGGAACAUAUAUAGAAAGUAUAACACUUUAUUAA